UCCAACGAUCGACUGACUGAAAAAAUGAUGGUGAUUAAUGCCGGCGAUUUCAUUUCCCCGUUGUUUGGAUCUGUGUUGCAUUGCGAUAUUCGAAGGGAGAAAAGGAUAACGAUCAAUUUCAAGGCCUUAAGUAGAAAUGAGUACUGUGUCAUCAAGAGCUCUGCCGGUUUGAGGAUCAAGUGCAGCGCCGCCCCUGAAACGACUGAUGUUAUUGUCGUGGGUGCCGGUGUAGCUGGAGCCGCGCUCGCCUAUGCGCUAGGCAAGGACGGACGUGAAGUUCAUAUCAUCGAGAGGGAUUUAACAGAGCCGGAUCGCUUUGUUGGUGAGCUGCUACAUCCUGGAGGAUAUUUGAGAUUAACUGAGUUAGGUCUCCAAGAUUGCUUGGAAGACAUAGAUGCUCAACAAGUUUUGGGAUUUGCCUUUUACAAGGAUGGUAAGAAUGUUAAAAUACCAUAUCCCUUGGACAAUUUCCCUUCAGAUGUCUCUGGAAGAAGCUUUCACAAUGGCCGCUUCAUACAAAACAUGAGACACAAAGCAUCGACACUUCCCAAUGUAAGGCUUGAACAAGGAGCAGUGACAUCCUUGGUUUCGGAAAAGGGAAUAAUUCGAGGAGUGAGGUACAAGACGAAGAAUGGGGAAGAAAGAACAUCUUUUGCUCCUCUCACUGUUGUUUGUGAUGGAGGCUUUGCCAACUUGAGUAGAUCACUCUGCACUUCCCAGGUAGACUCGUCUUCCUGGUUCGUCGGUCUGGUCCUGGAGAAUUGCCAACUUCCCUAUGCAAAUUAUGGGCAUCUUAUUUUUGCUGAUCCAUCUUCGAUGAUAUUUUAUCCUAUCAGCAGUAGAGAAGUUCGGUGUAUUGUAGAUGUUCCCAGACAAAAGGUUCCUUCAACUGCCAAAGACCAAAUGGCCAUUUAUCUCAAGACAGUUGUGGCUCCUCAGAUUCCUCCUCAGCUAUAUGAAUCAUUCAUAGCAGCAAUCGAGAAACGAAACAUAAGAACGAUGACCACCAGAAGCAUGCCGGCAAAUCCUCAUCCCCCUCCCGGCGUGCUUCUGAUUGGCGACGCUUUCAACAUGCGCCAACCUGUAACUGCAGGAGGAAUGACUGUCGCCCUCUCCGACAUUGUUGUCCUCCGCAAUGUUCUCAGAAACGUGCGUGAUUUAAGCGACUCAGCUACACUUUGCAAGUAUCUCGACUCCUUCUAUAUCCUGAGAAAACCGCUGGCAUCGACAAUAAACAUACUUGCUGAUGCACUUUACAAGAUAGUCAGCAUGUCGUCUGAUCCAGUAAAGCAAGAAGUGCAGCAGGCUUUGUUCGACUACCUAAGCCUCGGUGGCAUUUUCUCCAGCAGUAUUAUUUCUGUGGUGUCGGGAUUAAAUCCGAGGCCGGUGAGCUUAAUGUUUCUGCAUUUCUUUGCUAUGGGUUUGCUUGGUGUUGGGAGAUUUCUACUUCCCUUUCCUACUCCGGAAAGAGCUUGGUUAGGCGUCAAAUUUAUUUGGGUUGCAGGUGGAAUUAUAUUACCAAUUAUAAACGCAGAAGGAGUUAGAGAAAUGUUCUUCCUUGCUACUAUUCCAGCUUACUACAGACUCAAAUUCCCUCUAAUUAAUAAGCUGAGUUUGUAACUUUACCUCCUAUUUAUUUAAUUAAAACUAUAAAAUGUAAUAAGAAUAUGCAGAGAUCAGUUAUUACUAUGACAGAUGCAGAUAUUUCUUGGCUGUGUGGAUAGAUAAAUUUUCUAGACUGUCCUGUAAAAAGUCAUUUUGACGUGAAAUAUUUGGUGU